ACAGGGAAGGAGUAUCGAAAAAUGAAUAAUCGACCCUUGUGAAGAUGUGAGUACCCACAUUUAACAUUUCACUUCAAAAUGGGGCAGUAGUAAUAAUUCAGUUCUCCACUUCUUUCCACUUUUCAUUUCAUUCAUAUUCACUCGUUCUCUGUAUUUCCAACUUUCAUCUACAAAUUUUCUGCAGUUUUUAACUUCAUUUUUUCAAAAAAAAAAAAAAAAAAGCUAAUAUGGCAGUAGUAGAGAUAGUAGUUUCAGCAAUGUUCAAAGAAGUGUUAGAUAAACUGGUGUCGGAAGGAGUAAAUCAGUUCACAAAGCUGAUUAACAAAGGAAAGAAUUCUAAAAAUAAAAUAAAAAUCGAAGAAUGGAAGAAUGAACUGGGGAUGAUUGAAGCAGUAUUGAUCGAUGCUGAACAAAAGCAAUGUUAUGAACAAAACGGAAAAAACGAUCAGAUUAUGGUUGGAGUAUCUUCAAGAUUUGGGUUUUGAUUUGGAGGAUCUUUUGGAUGACUUUGCCUUUGAAGCCUUCAAAAUGACUCAAGAUAGUAAUGAUCAUUUUCAUGUUCAUCGUUUCAAGAAGAAUGUUCGUAGAUUUCUUCCAACUUCCUUCCAUAAUAUGGUUGGCAUUUUGGCAUGUGGAUGUAGUGCUACUGCUACCCGGCAAAUUGGAUACUCAGUUCCAGAAUUUUCAUCUAGGAUUGAUGAGAUUAAUAACGCCUUGAACAAGAUUAAAUCCCGAGCUCCGACUUUGAGUCUCCUAUCCAACAUAUGUUUACCAACAUAUGCAGUAGAGGAGCAGCAAAGAAAGAUGCCAGAGACCUCGUCUUUGAUAAAAGAACCUCAUGUUUACGGGAGGGAUGGUAGAAAAAAAGAUAUCAUCUGUCAAUUGCUGGAAGAUAAACCAAGUUAUGAGAAUUAUGUCGUGAUCCCUAUUGUUGGUAUGGGGGGCAUUGGGAAGACGACUCUUGCUCAGUGUGUCUACAAUGAUGAGAAGGUGAAGGCUCACUUUGCUGUCAAGGCAUGGGUGUGCGUUUCAGAUGUGUUUGAUGUCAAACGCGUAACAAAAGAUGUUAUUAACUCGGCCACCCAUGGAAAUUUUGAUUGUAGCAACCUGAAUCAAGCACAAGAAAAAUUGCAGCAAAAGCUGAAAGGCCAAAAAUUCUUAAUUGUUCUUGAUGAUGUUUGGAGCGAGAGUUAUGAAGAUUGGGAUCAACUUAGGACACCUUUUCUUGGUGCAGCAAGGGGAAGCAGAGUUAUAGUCACGUCAAGAAGUGAUAGGACUGAGAAGAAGAUGACUAAAAAUCACAGCACUAUCAUCCGUUUAGAAGGUUUGUCAGGUGAUGAUUGUUGGCGUCUAUUUCAACAACAUGCAAAUGUAGAUGAUUUUGAGAUCAAGGAUGACAUUGUACGAAAGUGCAAAGGACUGCCAUUGGCUGCAAAAACCCUAGGAGGUCUCAUUAAAUGUACUACAGAGAAGAGCAAACGUCGAGAGAUAUUAGAGAGCAAUGUUUGGUGUGAAGAAUAUGAGGAAUGCAAUGUUUUACCGGUUCUGAGGGUGAGUUAUCAUUAUCUUCCAUCUUAUUUGAAGCGAGUCUUUGCUUAUUGUUCUGUACUUCCGAAAGAUUACGAGUUCGAAGAAAUGGAGAUCACCCAGUUGUGGAUGGCUCAGGGCUUCCUACCAAACAAUAAGGGUAGAAGAAUGGAGGAUAUAGGCCAAAAUUACUUCAAUGAUCUGGUAUCAAGGUCAUUAUUUGAAAAAAAGACAUUUUUUCAAGGAUUUUACAUCAUGCAUGACCUUAUCCAUGAUGUGGCUAAAUUGGCUGCAGGUGACGUCUGUUAUGUAAUGGAUGCGGUGGAUACACCGAGAAAUCUCAGAAGAACUCGCCAUUUGUUUAUCACGGAGCAUGUUCAAACUUUGGGAAAUCAAAUCAUGGUUCCUCAGUUGCGAACUUUUCUAUGUAACUACUGUUUAAGCAGUGACAAUUUGGACUUCAUCCAAAGAAUGCAAUACGUACGCUCCCUAUACCUAGUUUCAGACAAAAUUGAAGUUUUGCCAGAAUAUAUUGGUAAUUUAAAACACUUGCACUACCUAAGACUCAAAUUCGAACGAAUAAAAGUGUUGCCACAAUCAAUCAGCAAUCUUUGGAAUCUCCAAACACUGUGCUUGGAAGGCUGUUAUACAUUAGUGAAGGUUCCAUGUAUAGAAUCGCUGGGGAAACUUCGUCACUUGAACUUUGGUAAUAUCUCUUUAGAGGAGAUGCCGCUUGGAAUCGGGAAAUUAACAAACUUGCAAACUUUGAAGACAUUUGUGUUGGCAGCUGGAGGUGGGUCCAGGGUAAGGGAGUUGGGGAAGUUGAAUCAGCUCCAUGGAAGAUUAUUUACCAUUUCCGGGCUAGAAAAUGUGACAGAGGUUGGUGAUGCAGAGGAAGCCCAAUUGUGUAAAAAAGAGAAUCUAGAUGGGUUGAAUUUGAAAUGGGAAACUUGUACUGAUGAGGUUGAUGACAAGACUAGGAGAGAUGUGGUUGAGAUGUUACGGCCUCAUACUUCCAUCAAAGAGUGUGAAUUGGAUGGGUACAUGGGCUUGAAAUUUCCAAGUUGGUUGAGAGAUCCCUCUUUCAUUAACAUGGUGCAAUUGAAGUUGAAAAACUGUCAGAAAUGUGUAUGCUUGCCUCCAUUGGGGCAACUACGCUCGUUGAAGAGUCUGCUGGUUGAAUAUAUGGAUGGUAUUAAGGAGGUAGGUCUUGAAUUUUAUGGGAAUUGCUCAACUCCUCCUUUCCCAUCUCUGAAGACUCUAGAAUUUUCUCAUAUGAAAUCCUGGGAGAAGUGGGUGCACCUACCAGUUGACUGCAAGGCAUUUUCCAUCCUUGAAACCCUUUAUAUGUAUGAUUGUCCAUCAUUGCAAGGCAAUCUACCUCCUCUUUUGCCUUCUCUUAAAAGGCUGAAAAUCAAUGAAUUGAAGAAUAUGGAAAGGCUUGCUGGUGAAUUGCUCAAUUUCACCUCCCUUGAUGAUUUAAGGAUCGAAAAAUGUCCUAAACUCCAUAGCUUAGUAGAAGGUGGUUUACCCCUUGAAAUUAAAGAAGCCAACUUGAAGCAGGCGGUAACAAAGUGGGAAUUGCACCUCCUUCAUUCACUUAAAUUUCUUAGGCUUGAAAAUGUAGGCACCUCCGUAGAUUCUCAAGAGUGUAUUCCGUGCUUACAUCUUUCUCUCCCCUCUUCCUUAUUUGAAUUACAAAUCAAGAGUUUCCAAAAUUUGAAAACCAUAUCCAAUUGCAGCACCCUUCCCAACCUCACUUAUCUUGAUGUUGGCGAUUGCCCAAGGCUUGAAUCAUUGGUUAGCAAUUCGACCUCAGUAACACAUUUAUCAGUUCAUAAUUGCCCAAAACUACACAACUUUCCUCAAGGAGAUUUACCCACAAACCUAAUGUACCUUUCAAUCAGUGGAACCAAGAUAGACAAACCAAUAAAAGAGUGGGGAUUGCACCUUCUUACUUCCCUAUAUGAUCUUACACUUGCAAAUGUAGGCAGCUGUGUUGAUACACUAGAGUCCUUUAGCUAUCCCGACUUUCCCUCUUCUUUGCAUUUAUUAGCCAUAGAGGGUUUCCAAAAUUUGAAAACAAUAUGUUGUUCCACUCUUCCCAAACUGCGCUAUAUGGAUAUCAAAUAUUGCUCCAAAUUGGAAUCCUUUGGUGACAAUGGCCUUCCUGCACACAUUAUAGUUUACAUUAAAGAGUGUGAUAUGAUACAACAACAAUUGGCAAGUGAUCCUAAUGGCUGUAUAAUAACAGAGAAUGAAAGACACUCGCUACCUUUGUCCAAUGGCCGUAUGAUUCAACCUAGCUCUGCCCAUUCAACUUGUUGAUACAACAAUUUUAACAGUAAAUGGAACUUCACUCAAGCAAAAGAUCAUAAACUGGUAGGGUACCUGACCUUCAAAUGCAACUGUUGGCUCAUGCUAUGGUGCUAAGAAGCCUAACACAUCUACCAUUUUAAGCUGGUGACAAACAUAUUGGUUCUAUGCGACCCUUCUAGAGCUGCAGAAAGCCUCUCCAAGUUCAGACAUUCAUUCAAGCAGGGGCUUGGC